AUGGCGUCGCAGAAGCGCUUCUCGCUGCCGGUGGCGCUCGUGUUCCUCCUCGUGCUGCUAUUCGUCGCCGGCGCAGGCUUCAAGCUUCAUCACAAGGAUUGUAACCCGUCGGUGUCACGCGCGAGCGAACUGUCCGAGGAUUCCAGGUCCAUGCCCCGCAAACUGUUGCGCGUAGCCGUCCACCGAACGGAAGCACGAGAAUCCGACAAGCCGUCGUCGGGCGGCUCGGCUCUGCCGAGGGGCAUCGUGCAAGCCACGUCCGACCUCGAGAUGGUGUCCAUGGUCGGCGACCCUGAGCAGCAGGGCGGCAGCAGGCCGUCCAAGAGCCUCCUCGCGAUCCCGGUGGGUAUCAAGAACAAGGCGGCCGUCGACAAACUCGUCUCCAAGUUCCCCGCCGACCGGUUCACCGUGAUGCUGUUCCACUACGACGGGGCCGGCGAGGAGCAGUGGGGCGACCUCGAGUGGUCGCGCCGCGCGGUGCACGUCUCGGCGCUCGGCCAGACCAAGUGGUGGUUCGCCAAGAGGUUCCUGCACCCCGACGUCGUCGCGGCGUACGACUACGUCUUCCUCUGGGACGAGGACGUCGAGGUGGACGCCUUCGUCCCGCUCAGGUACCUCGACAUCGUCAAGAGGGAAGGGCUCGAGAUAUCGCAGCCGGCGCUGGACCGCCGGUCGGAGAUCCACCACGGCAUCACGACGCGCGCGCUGCUGAGGCCCGGAGCCGAAGGAGGGGGCGACGUGCACAGGCGGUUCUACAAGCCGGCGGCCGGCUGGGGAGGUGGAGGGUGCGACGACAGCAGCACGGGGCCGCCGUGCGCCGGGUGGGUGGAGAUCAUGGUCCCGGUGUUCUCCCGCGCGGCGUGGCGCUGCAGCUGGGGCAUGGUGCAGAACGACCUGGUACACGCCUGGGGCCUCGACUACAAGCUCGGCCACUGCGCGCAGGGCGACAGGACGCUCAAGGUCGGCGUCGUCGACAGCGAGUACGUCCUCCACAGGGGAGUCCCCACCCUCGGCGGCACCGAGGGCAAGGCCGCCGCGUUCCGGGUCGCCGUGAGGCGGCGAUCGUUCGCCGAGAUGCAGAUAUUCAACAGGAGAUGGAAGGAGGCCGCGGCGGACGACGCCUCCUGGACAGACCCUUACCCGUAG